AUGUCCAUAGAUCAAGAUUUAUUCCUCGGGUUCGACUUGUCCACCCAACAAUUGAAAAUCUCUAUCACCGAUGCUGCUUUAAAACACGUAAAGACCUACCAUGUGGAGUUUGACAUGGAAUACUCCCAGAAAUACGGGGUAUCCAAGGGUGUCAUCGCCAAUGACAAAACUGGAGAGAUUGUCUCUCCCGUAUUGAUGUGGGUGGAAGCCUUGCAAUACACUCUCGACACUAUGGCUAGAGAUAACUUUCCAUUCCAAAACGUCAAGGGAGUUAGCGGCUCGUGUCAGCAACACGGCUCGGUGUUCUGGUCCCAGACGGGCCAAUCUUCAUUGCAGGGCUUAUCCAGCGAUCGAUCCUUGCUUUACCAGCUCGAGGAAGCGUUUGCCUGGAAAAUGAGCCCGAAUUGGCAGGACCACAGCACCGGAGAAGAGGCCCGGGCCUUUGAAACCUGUAUCGGGGGAGAGGCCGGGUUGGCAGCUAUCACCGGCUCCAAGGCGCACUACCGCUUCACCGGCUUGCAGAUCCGCAAGUUGGCAAGAGCGGAGAACGAGUACUAUAGAAACACCUCUAGAAUCUCGCUCGUGUCCAGUUUCUUGAGCAGCUUGUUGGUAGGCGACAUCACCCGGAUUGAGGAGAGUGACGCCUGCGGGAUGAACUUGUACGACGUGGUGAAACGCGAGUACAACGCGGAAUUACUCAGCUUGGCAGCCGGGGUCCACCCGGAAGCGGAUUCCGCGGACGGAGCUACCACCAGCGCCGGGGUUGAAGCCUUGAAGCGUAAACUAGGUGCUGUAGAGCCGGUGGGACACCAAUCCGUUGGGAACGUCUCGCUGUACUACGUUGAGAAGUAUGGCUUUUCGCCCCAGUGCAAGGUUUUUGCCUUCACCGGCGACAACUUGGCCACUAUUCUUGCCUUACCCUUGCAAGGAAACGAUUUAUUGAUCUCCUUGGGAACCUCCACCACCGCGCUCUUGGUCACCGAGUCAUACAACCCGUCCCCAGUGUAUCACUUGUUCAUGCACCCAACGAUGGACAGGCACUACAUGGGGAUGAUCUGCUACUGCAACGGGUCUUUGGCCAGAGAGAAGGUGAGAGACGCGGUUAAUGGGGAUAAAUCUGGCUCUUGGGACACGUUCAAUGCGGUGCUAGACGCCUCCAGCAACUUUGACAAGAAAUUGGGGGUCUACUUCCCCUUGGGUGAAAUUGCGCCCAACGCGGCUGCCCAGACUAUGAGAUAUACCCUCGACGGAAAGACGCUUGUCCCGGGAGACUCCACUUGGACUUUUGAAGAUGAUGUGAGAUGUAUUGUGGAAUCUCAGGCUUUAAGCUGUCGACUCAGAUCCGGGCUCAUGAUGGCGAGCUCCCAGUACAGCGCGAAGGAACAAGAGCGCUUGAACAGCACCUACUUGGCCGCUUUUGGCGACCUUUACACUGACGGAAAGAAGCAGGGUUUGAACUCCUUGACCUCUACUCCCCAACGGUGCUUCUUUGUGGGCGGAGCAUCCCAGAACCCCUCUAUCGUCAAGAAAAUGGCCUCCAUCAUGGGGGCAUCCAAAAACUACCGCGUGGAUGUCUCCAACGCCUGUGCGAUGGGUGGCGCCUACAAAGCUAGCUGGAGUUAUCAGCAGGAAGUGGGCGAGAAGGCAGAGCUGUACAUGGAGUAUCUCAAUGCAAACUACGACGAACGUGAGUUGGAAGAGAUAUCUGUGGAUGCAGUAAGCGAGUCGUAUAUUGAAGGCUUAGGCAUGUUGGCCAAAAUCGAAGAGCAAUUGAAGCGCUAA